AUCUGGCCAAUGCAUGAAGCCGCCAUCCAGCUCAACUUUAAAUAUGUCAGCAAAAUAGCACGGAGGGGGAGUGAACUUGACGACUGCAGUCAUAUUUUGGAGAAACAUUACAUUAUUUUCAUCUGCUGCCGUGUGCUACUUUCGCUUCGGCCGAGAGGCGGUCCGCUUCCCAUCUGGCGUUGCAGUCCAUGUCCGCCCAUUCAGACCCGUCAGGUGGUAUGUCCCACGCCGGCCCUUCCCCGGGUGCGGGCCUUUCACCCGGCCCCAUCCUGGGCCCCAGCCCCGGACCGGACCCUUCGCCCGGCUCCGUUCACAGCAUGAUGGGACCCAGCCCCGGGCCCGGAACGCCCAACGCGGCCCACGGCGUGCAGGGACAGGUGCAGAGUGACUUCUCGCAAGACAUGAUGUAUUCUAUGCACAAGCCCUUGGAGGGAAUGAACGACAAGGCCAUGGCGGACGCUUUGCAUUUUGGGCACAUGAAAGGCGUGGGCAUGAGAUCUCUCCACAGUGGCAUGGGCCCCCCACAGAGCCCAAUGGACCAGCAUAGCCAGGGCUACAUGUCUCCACAUCCUUCGCCGAUGGGCGUGCACGAGCACACGUCCAGCCCCAUGUCCGGGGGCGGAGGACCCACGCCGCCCCACAUGCCCCCAUCCCAGCCGGGCCCCAUGAUGCCCAUGGACCCGCAAGGAGGAGGAGGGGGCGGCGGCGUCAUGCCCAACAUGUCCGGCAUGGGCCAGCAGGGCCGGGGCCCGUCGGCAUUCAGUCAGGCCCAACUGCAGCAGCUCCGUGCACAGAUCCUGGCCUACAAGGUCUUGGGCCGCGGGCAGCCGCUGCCCGAGAACCUCCAACUGGCCGUGCAGGGCAAGAGGAGUCUACCCACAAUGCAGCAGCAGCAGCAGCAGCAACAACAGCAACAAGCGGCGAGUGGCAGCCCUUAUAACAGACCUCAAGGCAUGCCAGUGGUACCUUUGAGUGGGGCCCAGUCCAGCCCCUGCCCCACUCCAGCUGUGCAAAGUCACAAUCAAGGCGCAGUUCCCAAACCUUGGACCGAUGGCCAAGGCGGUGACAAUCCCGCCGGUGCGCCCAAGCACCUCCCACCUAUGAGCGGCGCCCGCCCGUCGCCCGCGCCUCCCCAGGCCAGCUCUAUACCAGCGGGGGCCCUGCCGGGGGCCUCCGUGGCCCCUCAAUCAGCCGGACAGCAGGUGUCCCCCAUGCUGCAGAUGCAGCAGAAGCAGAACCGCGUCACGCCCAUUCAGAAGCCCCAAGGCCUGGACCCGGUGGGCAUCUUACAGGAGAGGGAGUACAGGCUGCAGGCUCGGAUCGCGCAUCGCAUCCAGGAACUGGAGAGCCUGCCUGGCUCUCUUCCGCCCGACCUGAGGACCAAGGCCACGGUGGAGCUCAAGGCACUGCGGCUCCUCAACUUCCAGCGGCAGCUGAGGCAGGAUGUCGUGGCGUGCAUGCGCCGGGACACCACCCUGGAAACGGCCCUCAAUUCCAAGGCGUACCGCCGCAGCAAGCGGCAGACCCUGCGGGAGGCGCGCAUGACCGAGAAGCUGGAGAAGCAGCAGAAGUUGGAGCAAGAGAAGAAGCGUCGGCAGAAGCACCAGGAGUACCUCAACAGUAUUCUCCAGCAUGCCAAAGACUUCAAGGAGUACCACCGCUCCAUGUCUGGCAAAAUGCAGAAGCUCACCCGAGCCAUUGCCACCUGGCACACCAACACGGAGCGGGAGCAGAAGAAAGAGACUGAGAGGAUUGAGAAGGAGAGAAUGAGGAGACUUAUGGCGGAGGAUGAGGAGGGCUAUCGAAAACUGAUCGACCAGAAGAAGGACAAGCGCUUGGCUUACCUGCUGCAGCAGACGGACGAGUACGUGGCCAACCUCACCACCUUGGUGUACGAGCACAAAGCCGCGCAGGCGGCAAAGGAGAAGAAGCGACGCAAGAAGAAGAAGAAGGCGAGAGUUGACGGAGAGGCCGGCGAAGGCACCAGUGCCAUCGGACCUGAUGGAGAGCCAAUGGACGAGAGCAGCCAGAUGAGCGAGCUGCCCGUCAAGGUCAUCCAGACGGAGACGGGCAAAGUUUUGCAGGGCACCGAGGCGCCCAAAUCCAGCCAGCUGGAGGCCUGGCUGGAGAUGAACCCCGGGUACGAGGUUGCGCCGAGGUCAGACAGCGAGGAGAGCGGCUCCGAGUUUGAGGAGGAGGAGGAGGAAGAGGCGGCCAAGGGUGAAAAUGACAAGACCAUCGAACAUCCCGUUGGAGAGGCCAAGCACAUUAUCGAGUCGGCCAAGCAGGACGUGGACGACGAGUACAGCGUGCCCACUGACGAGACCAGCCUGCAGUCCUACUACGGCGUGGCCCACGCCGUCAUCGAGAGGGUGGAGAAGCAGUCGUCUCUUCUGAUUAACGGCUCCUUGAAACACUACCAGAUUCAAGGCCUCGAGUGGAUGGUGUCGCUGUACAACAACAACUUAAACGGCAUCUUGGCCGACGAGAUGGGCCUGGGCAAGACCAUCCAAACCAUCGCCCUCAUCACGUACCUGAUGGAGCACAAGAGGCUCAACGGGCCCUAUCUCAUCAUCGUGCCGCUCUCGACCUUAUCCAACUGGAUCUACGAGCUUGACAAGUGGGCCCCGUCCGUGGUCAAAAUUGCAUACAAGGGUACCCCCGGCCUGCGCCGAGGACUGGUGCCGCAGCUCCGCAGCGGCAAGUUCAACGUCCUGCUGACCACGUACGAGUACAUCAUCAAGGACAAGCACAUACUGGCCAAGAUCCGCUGGAAGUACAUGAUCGUGGACGAAGGCCACCGCAUGAAGAACCACCACUGCAAGCUGACGCAGGUGCUGAACACGCACUACGUGGCGCCGCGCCGCCUGCUGCUCACCGGCACGCCGCUGCAGAACAAGCUGCCCGAGCUCUGGGCGCUGCUCAACUUCCUGCUGCCCACCAUCUUCAAGAGCUGCAGCACCUUCGAGCAGUGGUUCAACGCGCCCUUCGCCAUGACGGGCGAGAGGGUGGACCUCAACGAGGAGGAGACCAUCUUGAUUAUUAGACGUCUGCACAAGGUUCUGCGCCCCUUUCUGCUGCGCCGCCUGAAGAAGGAGGUGGAGUCUCAGCUGCCCGAGAAGGUGGAGUACGUUAUCAAAUGCGACAUGUCCGCCAUACAGAAGGUUUUGUACCGCCACAUGCAAAAGGGAAUCCUCCUCACCGAUGGCUCGGAGAAAGACAAGAAGGGCAAAGGGGGAGCCAAGACCUUGAUGAACACCAUCAUGCAGCUGAAGAAGAUCUGCAACCACCCGUACAUGUUCCAGCAUAUCGAGGAGUCGUUUGCUGAGCAUUUGGGCUACCCCAACGGCAUCAUCAGUGGGCCCGACCUGUACCGAGCCUCCGGGAAGUUUGAGCUCCUGGAUCGCAUCCUGCCCAAGCUGCAGGCCACCAACCACCGGGUGCUGCUCUUCUGCCAGAUGACCUCGCUCAUGACCAUCAUGGAGGACUACUUUGGCUACCGCAACUUUCAAUAUCUGCGCCUGGACGGAACCACCAAGUCGGAUGACCGAGCGUUGCUGCUGAAGAAAUUCAACGAGGCGGGAUCGCAGUACUUCAUCUUCCUGCUCAGCACCCGGGCCGGCGGCCUGGGACUCAAUCUGCAAGCCGCCGACACCGUCGUUAUCUUUGACAGCGACUGGAACCCCCAUCAGGACCUCCAGGCGCAGGACCGCGCCCACCGCAUCGGGCAGCAGAACGAGGUGCGCGUGCUGCGCCUGUGCACCGUCAACAGCGUGGAGGAGAAGAUCCUGGCGGCCGCCAAGUACAAACUCAACGUGGACCAGAAGGUCAUCCAGGCCGGCAUGUUCGACCAGAAGUCCUCCAGCCACGAGCGCCGCGCCUUCCUGCAGGCCAUCCUCGAGCACGAGGAGCAGAACGAGGAGGAAAACGAGGUACCGGACGACGAAACCCUCAACCAGAUGAUCGCCCGCAACGAGGACGAGUUUGAGCUGUACAUGCGCUUCGACAUGGAGCGGCGGCGGGAGGACGCCCGCAACCCCAAACGUAAGCCGCGCCUGAUGGAGGAGGACGAGCUGCCCUCCUGGAUCAUCAAGGACGACGCCGAGGUGGAGCGCCUCACCUACGAGGAGGAGGAGGAGAAGAUGUUUGGCCGAGGCUCCCGCUGUCGCCGCGACGUGGACUACAGCGACGCGCUGACCGAGAAGCAGUGGCUGAGGGCCAUCGAGGACGGCAACCUGGAGGAGAUGGAGGAGGAGAUCCGACUGAAGAAGCGCAAACGCAAGCGGCGGCAGGACAAGGAGCCGUCGGCCAGGGAGGACUGGGGCGCCAAGGCCAAGAAGAGGCGGGGGCGCCCGCCCGCCGAGAAGCUCUCGCCCAACCCGCCCAGACUCACCAAGCAGAUGAACACCAUCGUCGACACCGUCAUCAACUACAGAGACGGGGCCGGCAGACAGCUCAGCGAGGUCUUUGUCCAGUUGCCGUCCAGAAAGGAGCUUCCGGAAUAUUAUGAGCUGAUCCGAAAGCCCGUGGACUUCAAGAAGAUCAAGGAGCGCGUCAGGAGCCACAAGUACCGCAGCGUCGGUGACCUGGAGAAGGACGUCAUGCUGCUCUGUCACAACGCGCAGACCUUCAACCUGGAGGGCUCUCAGAUCUACGAGGACUCCAUCGUGCUGCAGUCGGUGUUCAAGAGCGCCAGGCAGAAGAUCGCCAAGGACGAGGAGAGCGAGGACGACAGCGAGGACGACGACGAAGAGGAGGACGAGGAGGAAGACUCGGAGGCUGAGGCCAAGCCGGUGUGGGUGAAGAUCAAGCUGAGCAAGGAGGCCCGCGGGAGCGCCGAGCGGGCCAAGAAGAGGCAGGGCCGAGCCAAGGCCAAGCCCGUCGUCAGCGACGACGAAAGCGACGACGACCGCGACGCCAAUGAACCGUCUGACAUCAGCGAUGACGAGUGAGUAAGAGCUGACGCCGGGAUGAGAAGAAGAAGAAGAAGAAGAAGAAGAAGCGCCCCUCCUCUUGUUGUGCAGGUUCUUUCUCUGUUUGCAUUUUGGCCUGUUAGUUCACUCGGUCAGCCUUGCAGCAUCAACCUUCCCCCCCCCCCCCAGUCAUAACCAGAUGAGCUGCUUAGAUAUCUCUCAUAUAAUCUUGUUUGAAGACUUUUUUUUUUUGAAGAGCAGUUACGUCACAUCUGCUUUUGCCAUUGCUUCGCCACGCUUUUAUGCUCGCACUUUUCAGAAACUCACCAAAACCCCCAAUGUUGAUGUUGGACUGCCGGAGCCGGGGUGUCCAAAGACACGAAAAGGCCGACAAAUGUAUUUCGGACGUCCGGGACCGAAACGCUCGCCCGCAAUCCAGUCCGAAUUAAUUGUCCGAAACACGCUUGCUAGCGAUCAAUCGAAAGCAAUCAUCUGAAAAGGGGGAAGUACGGCAGUGCCUCCGUUUCCCGCGCAGGCCGAUGACGGAAUUGAAUUGACUCCGACUUUAUUGUCAAAUGUGCCGCGUGAUCAUUCGGAAGCGGCAGGAAGAUGCCGGCCGGCUUUGGGGGGGGGGGGCCCGGGCCGCCCGCAGUCAUUUCAAAAUGCCUUUGACGUUUGGACACCCCCUGCUCUAGGACGCUGGCGGCCUUUUGUUUUGCGUCCCGUUUUUGAUGAUGCCGCUCCAGGUUGUGGGGGGGGCGGCUUCCAAAACAGUAUUACGGCUUCUACGCGACGCGCUCUCGCUUUGACGGGCGAUUCCACGCUUGACGUUCAAUCCUAUUCAAUGUUGCGUUUGUUCUCAUUUGGCACUGUCCUUCUUUGCCGAGAGCAUUAGCAAGUGUCGUGUUCAUCUUUGCUUUCUUUGCACACGGCGUCUUUGUGCUUGUACGGCGUAGCUCCCAGCCAAUUAAAUCUCACCAAUUUGGAGAAAAA